AUGGUCGAAACCCUCUUAAACCCCCUUCUCACGGGGGCACUACUCUUCUACCUCGAGCGCAACCCAUCACUUGUCCAGAAUCUGCCCUGGCCGCCACCGACCAUGUCCGUGACACUUCUCCCCUUCCAACUCCCUUGGGGACUCCCCAACAGUGUCCAACUCCGGGCGACGCCGCCGCUCCGGUCACUGAAAUUCCUCUUCGCGCUCGGGCUGGCCGUGCACGCGAACCGGUUCCUCAGCCGCUUGGCUCUGAAUUACUGGCACCUUCGUAAGCAGGGUGACGCGUGGAAUUUUCAGGCGCCGGGCAAAGAGACCAUCCUAAUCACGGGCGGGUGUUCCGGUUUCGGGAGGGAGAUGGUCAAGAUGUUCGCCGCGCAGACACAGGCCAACAUAGUCGUGCUGGAUGUGCAGGACUUGCCGGACGACUUGAAGGACACUCCCCGGCUGUCCUACUACCAGGCCGACCUGACCUCUCCGUCCUCCAUCACCGAGGCCGUGGAACUCAUUUGCUCCCGGGGAACCACGCCGACGGUGCUCAUCAACAACGCGGGCAUCGCACGGGCGCACACGAUCCUCGACACGGACGAGGCGUGGCUCGAGAAGAUCUUCCGCGUGAAUCUGCUCAGUCACUUUACGCUGAUCCGCCUGCUAUUGCCGCGAAUGAUGGCCCAGCGCAAGGGGCAUAUUGUGUCGAUUGCCAGUGUAAGCUUUGCCUUCUUUCCCCCCCCCCCCCCUUUUACUCACCUUCACACUACCCAUCACAUCCUCUUAUCAGCAUGCAUAUGCCAAAUACCAGAUACCAAAUAUCCCGCCCUCUCAAACCUCAAACCUCUACCCCUUUCUGCCCCUGAACGGAAAAGCGAAAGGAAAAAAAGGUCAUGA